CGUGGUCUGUCGCUUUGCAUUGACGUAGAACACAAGCGUUUUCCAGCAUGGCGACAUCCAUAGUGUAAAGCAACUGGCAAGGACCUAAACGGACCGGACUUUUCAAAUGUGGGUUGUUAUUCUCCAUCAAAGUUCGUUGUGAAAUCGAGUCCCUGUCAGCAUCAUAUGUCACUUGUCAAGUGUCACUUAGUGAUUUGAAAAAGCAUUGAACACUGAAUGCAACAUGCUGGUGUCAUGAAAACACUAUCUACAUGGUACCAAUUCAGCACACACAGUUUUACUCCACUUCGCACUGAUGUUUGUUGGAUUUCAGUUAGGUGGGUCUCUCCUUACACAAAGACUGGUGCGGAUAUGUGUCACCUGCAUUGGCCAGCAGGGAUACAGGCAACUCCAUCCCAAAAGUCGACUCCCUACAUGUACACUGUACACUAGGAGCUUUGGGACUGAUCCUAAGGGGGAGAAAGGGGAAAAUGAGAACGGGAGCAAAACAACAGACAACCUUGACCCCUCACCCCAGACUCUAACCUCUAUGCACACCCAGGGAAGAGGUUUGUUUGGUAAAAGGCGGCCCCUCUCACCCUUGGAGAGGAUUAGCCGCCUUUUGCCUCAAGACUCCCUAGCCCCAGAAUUGUUGGCGCUGAGAGAGGAGGAGAACCAGGAAGUGGAACAAGGGGAACCUGAUGGGGUUGGGAUUCAAAAAGACCACAACACUUCAGCAGCCUCGGUGACUGAGACUAAGACCCACAGCUCACAAGGAGAAGUAGAAAGUACAGAGCCACAGGUGCACAUAGGACAUGACACAGUUAGACCGAGAGAAGAAAAAGAGGAGAGUACUGUCAUUGAUAACACAGUACUAGAGCCAAAUGGUUGCCCGAUUCUCAGAGAGGUAACCAAUUCUUCGCAAGUGGAGGGAUACGUGACUCCUAUGACUCCCACCCUUCUUCCCGGGGAGCAUUUACUAACGUUUGGGGAACUACUGUUGGCAGAGUACCGGAAAAAGGGCCGCGUGGAAUUUCGGAAGAUGUUUCAGCUGCAGGAUGGGCAACGUCUCCAGAGCAGUUGGGGCACCAUCGGACACAGUGACAUCGUCGGCCGCCACGCAGGAGACUUCAUUCGGACCAUCCACGGGACACCCAUCCUUAUACGGCGGCCCAACCUGGAGGAAUACGUGCUUUAUAUGAAGAGGGGGCCGGCAAUCGCCUAUCCAAAGGAUGCCAGUAUGAUGCUGAUGAUGAUGGACGUCACAGAGGGAGACUGUGUGUUGGAGUCAGGCUCCGGGUCAGGGGCCAUGUCGCUUUUCCUGUCCCGAGCUGUGGGCUCCAAGGGCAGCGUUAUGAGUGUGGAAAUCAGGGAGGACCACCACAGACGAGCCGCGCUCAACUACAACCGCUGGCGUUCCUCCUGGAUCCUGCGGCGAGGAGAGGAAUGGCCCGACAACGUCCAGUUUCAUAUCUCUGACCUGCAGGGGGCAUCCGUGCUCCUCGCCGGGCGAGGGUUUCACUCUAUUGCUCUGGAUAUGAUAAACCCUCAAUUGGUUUUGCCCUCUGUGACUCCACAUCUCCAUCCCGGAGCAGUUUGUGCUGUCUACCUAGCCAAUAUAACGCAGGUCAUUGAUCUACUGGAGGGCCUCCGAUGCUCUGCCCUCCCCCUGCUGUGUGAACGCAUCAUUGAAGUGCAGCUCAGGGAUUGGCUGUUGGCUCCAGCAAUCCAGAAAGAUGGGAGGUUCUGCCGCAGGAAAGCUCCUCCCUCAGCGAGAGACCAGGAGGAAGGGGAGAAUAGCAAGUCUGAUGAAGAAAAAGAAUACACAAGCAGUCCGGAACCCGCACCAUUUGGGAGUGUCCCUUACAUUGCUCGACCUCACCCGGAACAAGCUAGCCACACAGCAUUCCUGGUGAAACUGAGGAAGAGUCAGGGGUAGCUAGCCUCCUUCCUCGCAUUGGAAGACUCAGAGGAGCGAUUGGAUGUAUUAUAUUAAUAAAUAAAUGUAAGUUGCCUUGUC